AGAGACUCGCGCGGCGGCUGCGGCGGCGGCAGGAAUGUCGCUCGACUCGAGGCGGAUCAAAUUUUUGUUGUGCGGCUCCGAUUACUGCAGGCGCUGCGUACAGCGGGCGGUCUGCACGGCCUGCAGCGUCUACCGGAUGGAUAGUGUGUGUCACGUGCGGUGUGCGCGUGCGGGGAACCUGGUGUACCCCGGGUCCAUGCACACCACGCCGUGCACCGUGCCCCACGUCAGCUGCGCCGCCUGCGACGUCUGCAUCACGUGCAGCUCCGACUACAGCCUGUACUCCCCGCGCGCGGUGUGCAUCCCGUGCAGCCUGUACCAGUGCACGGCGCGGGACUCGGAGUGCGGCGCGUGCCCCUCGCACAGCCACAGCGCGCACAAUCCGCCCCACAAGCAGUGCGCGCCGCAAGCACUGUGCAUGACUUGCAGUGACCACUACAUGCAGUGCCUUUCGUGUUCCAUGUACGCCAUCCAGUACGAGCGGAACGGACCCAGCAAGCCUCACACGCAGCAUCUGGCGCCGGGGCUGUACGCCUCCCGCGCGGUGUGCAGCACGUGCAGCGCGCAGCACGUCCAGUGCUUCUCGUGUACCGUAUGCUUCACGUGCAGCGUUAACCACGUGCAGCGUCCUCCGACCGCGCUGUGGCAGUGCAGCGCCCACCACGUGCAGUGUGCCGCCUGCGCCGUGUGCAUCACCUGCAACGUGGGCGCGCGGGUGCUGCACUGCUCCCGCACCAUCAGGUAGAGCGGCCGAGGCGGCGUCGAGCCACAUGCCGGGCGGCGUCCAGCGGGGGCGGAGGGGGCGCUGGAUGGGCGCUGGAGAGGAGGAUGAGGGCGGCAGUGACGGGAAGACGCGAGGGAGGGGGCGGGAUUCGGCAACAAAGCAAACUGUGAGGCGAAGUGGCGGGAAAAGGCCACGCCCAUUUCCCCGCCAGACUGAAGGACAAAGAGACCGUCGCCUAAGAAACGAGUUUUUGUUUCACAAUUCUUAAUGGGAAAGGAAGUGGCCGGAUGAGGUGGGGAAUGGCGCCCGCGAUGGAAAGUUGAUUAGUCAGUGUACCUGAGAAUCUACCAUCUCCUUUGACUCAUAGCGUCGGCAUGAGCGAGAAAUGUGCGGCGAGAUGUCCGAGGCAUGACGAGGACUCCAUCACUAGGAAGAUAAUGACAUUCACUUCCAUCUCUUCGCCGAUUGGUCAGUUAGCUGUGACAUCAUCGGCCCAGCUCCUUCUGGAGUUACAGCGCGAAGUAACAUCCCUCCUGGAGUUCCGAGACAAUGUGCUGCAGGCGCUACCCCAUCUGCACUCACGUGGCUACCACUCCCUCACGCCCACCUCCAAUGACCCAUCGUCCUCGCCUGCACAGGCUGCCCCCCACCAUCACGCUGCUGCAGCGAGGGGGGAUGUACAUCCCCCGGGCAAGGCUGAGGCUGUCCUGCACCACAUGACCUCUGAUGGUGGUCAGUUGCAGCAGCAGCCCCCCCCACAUACCCACGCCAUCACCUCCUCGGGUGCAGCUGGUGGCACCAGUACCCACACCACUACAGUUGUCAGCAGCAGCAACAGCAGCAGUAGUAGCAGCAGUAGCACAGGUGGUGGCAAGUCCCUGAGUGAAACCCACAGCAGUGCAGUUGCAGACUCUGGCUUCAGCACAGACAAGGCUGGGGGCAGCAUGGGCAAGAGCUCCUCUUCCUCAGCUGGAGACCACCUGUCAGGUGUGGGGGGGGUUGAAGAUCAUCGCUGGACCUCUGUGGAGCCAGAACUUCCCCUUGGCUCAGCGGAAGAUGAGUUGUGGCAGUUGCUAGACGUGAUUCAGAGGAAGGGCACGAGGCUGAGAAAUGAACUGGAGCGUGCAGAGCGUGUAGAGAGGGAACGUGUGAGUCAGCCUCCCCAUCAGCCCACCAGCUCUGCAUCUGACCCCCCUCUGGCUUCACCCAGGCCUCAUCCUGCAUACCGAGACCUGUGGCCUCAUUCUCUCCCUGGGCCCUUGGGAGUCUACCCUUCCAGAGGGGAGUUCCUACCCCCGCCUCCUCCUGUGGCAACACCUGUGGGUUUGGGAGUUGAAGCAGAAGCUUGGGCUGCUGUAGAACGGCUGCGGCAAGACCGGCAGUACCUUGUGGGCAGGGUAUCGUGGGCAGAGGCAGAGGCUGCAGCAUCGCACCAACGCCUCCUUGACCUCCAUGACCAGUUAAUGGCUCUUGCGGGCGACAAGCGACGCCUCGAGGAACAGGUCCGGGCUCUCAGAUUAGACCCCAGAUUAGACCCUAGACUUGAUCCAAGAAUAGAUCCUAGAGUGGACCCGCGGGUGGAGAUGAGGAAUGAUCUGAAUCUCCAGUUUGUGAAAACCAACGGUGUGCGUCGAGAUGGACCAGCCUCCACAGGCGGCAUUGUGCACAGUGUGAUGGGAGGCGUCAACACUGUCCAUAUUGUCAGUGAUAACACCACUUCUACCACCACCUCACCCUCCACCUUGUCCUCGAAGUCUCGCCGAUAUCCACCCUCAGUCACUGUAAGUGUUGCGGGGGAAGUUCCGGAUGAUGCCCAGGCAGUGAUGGGGGGAGGAGGGAGAGGUGGGAGGAUGUACCGCAGUGCGUCCAGCGUGAGGAUCAACAGCGAGAGGGAUGUGGUGCUUCCACGUGUUCUUAAGGUUCCUAUCAAGGAUCGGUCACAGCGCCACAGCUCAAGCAGAGAAGCAGGAAGGGAUGCUGGCUCUUCAUCACACAGGGAAGGCAGCACCAGCAAGGACCAUCUUCAGCCUAGCACCAACAAGGAUGCAACUUCCACAAAGGAUGCUAGCCCAGCUGCAGUGUCUGUUCCCCCGAGUGCAGAAGUGAGAAAGGGGAGCGACCGAGUUGUGAUUGAACGGGAGCGAAGAGCUGGCCGUGCCGAUGGAGGACUCAGCAUGCCUGUGAGCCUUCUCAAAGGGGUGAAAAUCAAAGUUCAGCCCAACAAACAGAGGAUUUCAGCCAUUCUCCGUGAAAAGGAUGUGCUGGAACUCCAGCGCCAACUUCUUACCACUGUCAUGGAGACUGAGGUGCUGAAGAAGCAGAUUGAGACUGCAAGCGAGGAGUGGGUGAGCAAGACUGCUGAGUGGGAGACAGAACAACGUCAGAAUCACGCUACCAUCACUAGUCUGCGUCAAGAAAACCUCGGGCUGAAGACGCAGCUGGAGGAGUGUGAGAGGACUUCGCCUGGCCAUAAGGAUGCGAGUGUGGGUGCCCACCCAUUGCUGCACACUGUAGCAACCAUGACAGACAGUGGAGAUGCAGAGGGUGUGGAAGCUGCCACACACACUGUCCACCCAGGGCCCAACAUCAAGUACGAUGUGGUGGUCCAUCAAGAGGACACACGGCAUGCAGAGACCAACAACAACACCAUGAGUGGUUCAACAGUAGAGUCUGGAGGUCGCAAGGCUCCCCCCACUGUAGAGAAACCACCACGACGUAGCCGAGAAGUUCGGACUUCCUCCUCAGUUGGCUCUUGGAGCUCUCACCACACCACACACUCUGUUAGUAGCCACAGGGAGUCCUCAGGCUCUGAGGUCUCUGGAGGGCGGGAGUCUGUAGGACGGGGAGCUGGACCCCGCACUAGGCCUGGGCUGGCAUCAGGACGCUCCACCCCCACAGCUACUCCCCGGUCAUCGCCUGCUCCAAGCAUUAACACAAGGACGGCAACAAGUAGAAACACCCUGCAGGAGGGAGCACGAGCCAGCCCCCUGGGACGGAGCACCAGCAGUGUGGCUGCCAGUGGGCGAGUAGCUGUGGGUCGCCGAGACUCCCUCAAGGCACCACAGGGAAGCACGAAUGGCAACGGGAAGAGCAGUAAUGGGGCGGGUGGCCAGCACAAGGUACGCAGUCGGGGGGCGUCCAUCUUGGGCCGCUGGCUCAAUAUACUCGAGUAGUCACCACACACGUAAGUGCCGCGCCCGUCCAGACCCUGAGAAGUCUUAUUCUUAGCCAGUAACCUUGAGAACUUCCCUGAAACCACCUGGGCAGGCAGCCUUGCCCCAAAGGACAUUUUGAUGUAAGCAGAAAACUUGUUGAAGCCAGACAUUCCUUCUCUCCCUUCCCCCCCUUUCCACCUCCCACAAGCACUGCUGGAAGGUGUUUUCAGGGCAGUUCCAAGGACUUGGGCUUCACCUUUUUUUUUACAUCUUGGAGUUGCACCUUUCACUCUUUGCUGGAUGUUUUAAAGUAGCAGUGCAAGACAUCACGGUCACGCUAGUGGUACGGGAAGGCACCGGAGCUCAGAGUGAUAGUUCGUAGAUGUGUUCCCAAAGCUUUUGUUAUGGCGGCAGGAAGUGAGUGCUCUCUCAUGCGCAAGGGACAGUGGGAUUGACUAGCAACAUGCUUACAGCUUCGACAGAAAUUCCAUGACUUGACAGAUUAUAGAAAUGGCUAGAAGAAAUCUGUAGAUCUUUUUAUUAUUAUUAUUAUUAUUAUUAUUAUUAUUAUUAUUAUUAUUAUUAAUCCAAGUAAUUCUGAUUCUUUAUGUACUUGGUAGAAACAUGAAACUUAGACCUCAAAUAAAUUCUAUUUACU